UGAGAACGCCAACUCUUUUUCCCCUUCCUCUCCUCCCCUCUUUAUAUAUCCUAACCUCGCAUAAAGUCAGACCAAUCUAUCACGAUGAAAGAGGAUCUUGUUAGCGUUGCCCAAACCGACCAGCUGGACAAGCUUCGUCAUCUCUUGGACCUCGAGAUAGCGCAGAACCCCCAGUUCCUAACUAGCCCUACCCAUCCCUUCACCCCAGCCAUAGAUGCCGCGUGCUACGCAGCGGCGCGCAGUAAUAACCCUGCAGCGCUGGAUAUCCUCCUGGAUAGCGGCUGUUCAGUGAUGCCAGAUACAAUCCUAGAAGCUCUACACCGAAGGCACACAGCUAUCAUAGAUUGCCUCCUUGCUCAUAACUGGAAUAUCAACUGGGGUCUCGGGCACAGUGGCGACGCUCUGAUUGUGGCGGCACGGGAGGGCGAUGUCGAGCUAGUCCAAUUCCUGCUGUCUCGCGGUGCCGAUCCUAACUCGCCGAACUUCGCAAACCCAUUUAAUAACGCGAUUGAAACGGCGGCUAUUUCUGGUUCGAUCCCGGUGGCUGAUGCGCUCUUGAAUGCCGGGGCGGUGUUGAAGGGGCGUUCCGCACUGACGAAGGCGGCGGGCUGGGGACAUGUUGCGAUGGUAGCGUUCCUGCUGGAACGGGGCGCGGCGAUUGAUGAGAUCCCCGUCAACCCGUAUAUUGUGGAGGAGCCGUGGGAACGAGAUGAGAAGAAUGCGCUGUGCGAGGCAGCCUGGCGGGGACAGGCUGCGGUGGUGGAAUUCGUGCUGGAAAAAGGGGCGGAUCCUAGUAUCAGAGACACAAAAGGCAGAUCGGCGUUGGAGCUCGCGAAAGCUGGAGGACAUGAGUCCUGCGUGAAGCUGCUGGAUCACUAGCCUCUCUCGGCAUCUAAGCAACGGUACGACCGGCCAUUGAAUUAUCCUUUCCGUCUAUAUAGGUUAGAUAGCUCGGGCCAAUAUGAUACUUAGUUACUUACGACCCUAUGAGGACAUGCAUUGCGUGCAAUUUAGAAGAUUUAGCUCCCCAGUUUGGCGGUGCCUUUCAGAUAGUUAUACAAGGCAGAAGAAUGUCCGGCAGGAGGAAGAGAAUACUAG